AUGUCACUCACCUGCUUUGGCGGGAGCGCCCUCUGCUGUGUCUGCACCGGCACGCUGCUUAGGUGGCGUGCGAGCAACCGGCCGACGCGGCAGGCUCAGCGGUACAUGCUCGCGCCGGACGAGGAGGAUGAGGAAGACGAGCUGCUGCAGUCGGACAUGGCUGGCGACCUGCCAAGCGACGCCUUUGCCCGAGGCCUCGCGGCGUUGCCGUCAGGUCCUGCCGAGGGCGACCUGAUUGGGGGCGAGCACACCGCCGCCACGCCCGCGACGGGCGGGGUGACUCGCGAGUCGUGGGUGGCUGACCUCGACGCGGAGCUGGCAGAGUUCGACGCGCUCACAGCGUCGGAGGCGCCGCAGUCUGGCGACGGGGCCGCGUUGAUGGCAGAGCUGGGCGACCGACUCCUCGCUCCUGCCCCGAGCACGCCGGCGGCGCGGGAAGCGAGCACGCCCGUGAGCGACGUACCUUCCUUUUAGAAUGCUGCCCGGCUGUGCACGGCAUGAGGGGACAGGGGGAGGGGGUGGGCGUGCUGACAGUGGACCGCUGUAUGGAUUGGUGCGGUGCAUCUCGCACCUGCUCGCAAACUCAAUCCGAACCGAUGGAGUACUCUCUCCGCUGAAGUGAGAGAGGGUCAGGAGUCUAUAUCUACAAACAAGGGCCUUGUUGUGUUACAA